AUGAAGGCCGGGGCCCUCGUUCUACCCCGCCGCUGCCACAGAGAGGCGCCGACAGGAACCGCCACCUGCGCUGCGCUCUCUCCCGGCCGCGCGAUGCCGCCCCCGGACCUCGAGCCGGUCCGCAAGGCCUCGGCCGCGUACGCCAAGGCCGACGCUUUCAAGCCGUCGUACGGCACGGGGGGGUUCCGCUCGGAGGCGUCGCAGCUCGACUCGACUCUGUUCAGAUGUGGAGUUGUCGCUGCGGUGCGCUGCCUCGCGACGGGAGGCACCACCGGCCUCAUGGUCACCGCAUCCCACAACCCCGCUCCGGACAACGGGGUGAAGCUGGUGGAGCCGUCGGGCGCUAUGCUUCCUAUGGACAUGGAACCCUGGGCGACGCGCCUGGCGUGCGCCGACGGCGACGACGCGCUGGUCGACGAGGUCGCCGCCAUGUGCAGCGCCCUGGGCGUCUCUGCCGCGCCUGGCCGCGUGAUCAUCGGCCACGACACCCGCGACAGCUCGGAACGCCUCACGCGGGCCGCGGCGGCGGGCGUGGCCGCGAUGGGCCUGCAUGCGGACGUCCGGGGCCUGUGCACGACGCCGCAGCUGCACUUUUAUACCGCGGCCGCGAACGCGGGGGAGUCUGAGGCCGAAGAGCACUACGUGUCGACGCUGGUGGGGGGGUUUACGGACGCGGUGGCGGGCACGGAGCCCCCCGGGGGGGUCGCGGAGCUGGUCGUGGACGCGGCGAACGGCGUGGGCGGCGCGAAGCUGCGCGCCAUGGCCGACGUCCUCGCGCUGGCCGGCCUCGCGAUCGAGGUCCGCAACGACGGCGCCCCGCCGGGCGUCCUCAACCACCUCGUCGGCGCGGACUUCGUCCAGAAGGAGCGCGCUCUCCCGCAGGGCUUCUCCGCGGCCACCGACGCCGGCAAGCGCUGCGCCACGAUCGACGGGGACGCGGACCGCUGCGUCUUCUUCGUCCCGGCGGCGCCCGGGGGCCCGACGGCGAUGCAGCUGUUCGACGGCGACCGCAUCGCGGCGCUCGCGGCGGGGUACGUCGCGUCGCUGACGGCGCUGGAGCCGACGACGUUGGGUGGCCUGACGAUGGGCGUGGUGCAGACGGCGUACGCCAACGGCGCGUCGACGGCGUACCUGAGGGCGCAGGGCGUCGAGGUGGUCGUGACGCCCACGGGCGUCAAGCACCUCCACGCCGCCGCGCACAAGUACGACGUGGGGGUGUAUUUCGAGGCGAACGGGCACGGCACGGUGCUGUUCUCCGGGCGCGCGAAGGAGGCGAUCCGGGGCGCGGAGGCCCAGGGCUCCGUAGCAGGCCGGAAGCUUGGUGCGUUCUUGCGCAUGGUGAACCAGACGGUCGGCGACGCCGUGUCGGUGAUUCUGCUGUGCGAGGCCGUGCUGCGGUGCAAGGGCUGGACCAUGGCGGACUGGGCCGCGAUGUACGCGGACCUGCCGUCGCGGCAGCUCAAGGUCAAGGUCCAGGACAGGACAGUGGUGACGACGGCCAACGCAGAGACGACGUGCGUGACGCCGGCGGGCGUGCAGCAGGAGAUCGACGCAGCGGUCGCGGCGGUGCCGAGCGGCAGGGCGUUCGUGAGGCCGUCCGGGACCGAGGACGUCGUUCGUGUGUACGCGGAGGCCAAGACACAGGAAGCGGCCGACGCGCUCGCAGACGCGGUCGCGGAGAUCGUCCGGCGCCUGGUGGGCGGCGUGUGA